AUGGCACAAACAACACGCCCUGAUGCGUCGACGAUAACAUCCAAUAUCACCGCCAACAACUACGUGGCCCCGCACCUCGCCACAGCUGCCCAAGUCCAGCACAACCUCCAACACCAGCACCUCUGGACCUCAUUAGCGGGCUACACAAUUCCAGGGAACGCCACACAAACAGAUCCCCUCAAUGCGCCCAAAGACACGAUCUCCCUUAUCUCCGGAUAUCCUCCACACCGUGUGUACACGCACCCAGACGAGCAGCUGUACAUGCUAGAAAACAAGAUCAAAGAAGAUGAUCUGCAGCCAGAGCGCAUGUUUGUCGUACCGACUACACAAGGACAACAAUGGAGCUUGCGUCACAUUGCCGUUGUAUUCGACAGGCUACCCGAGUUCGUUGAGCAAGCGAAGGAGCAGGACGGUGGUUCUCUGGGUGUGAAGGCUGCGGACGAUCCCGAGAAGCGGGAGCGGUUGGCCAAGUACUAUGCGAAGAAGAAGGAGAGUUUACAGACGGGAGAAUGGGGGUCGCAGCGUCUGUUGCUGGCUAUGAUUGAUAAGGGCAUGGGUGGAGAUGGAACGGUGGCGUAUUAUGUGGUGCAGGAGGGAGAAGUGAAGCCGAGGCAGAAUUGA